AUGCCCUCUUCGCGGGUCAAGGAUCUCAUCAAGGACUUCGAUCUGGCCAAAGUAUUCACUGUUCGAUCGAGGCGCCCAUACGAAACAGACGCACGCAACGCAGUUCGCCAACUGCCCACCAUGGAGGCGAUGACUAUCUCUGUAGACAUCACUAACGACUUUCGCUUUGUUUCACCUCUCCAUUCUAAUCUAUCGCCAAGAGAGCCGGGUCCCGAAGUCUCCACCAAUGCAUCUUUCACCGGAUGCACCUGGGGCGAACCCUCUCGCAUGGCUUUCAACGCCGGUGCAGAUCCUAUUCACCUACGGAGCGAUGGGCGCAAUACCAAGCGGUUACAUACUAAGGUGCUUGUCCCUUUCCGACAGCUAUCCAUUUACGAGGGUCAGCCAAAUUCUGACCGAAACUUCAAGACUUGGACACUCAACACUGCACGGGAGGUCUUCGCACCGUGCCUUGCAGUCUGGGUUGUUUUUAAACACUUCCGUGAACUGCGGUAA